AUGACGUGUGUGUGUGUGUGUGUGUGUGUAUAUAUGUGGGAUGCCUGGGGACUCUGCUCAGACCACGCUGAACUUCCCUCUUCAGAGCCACUCAUCAUUUCAGAGAAGUCACCCGCCACCAUGAUGCCUGGGGGCUUAUCUGACACCAAGCCAGCCACUCCAGAGGUUCAGCACCUUGUUAACCAGGUGAAGCCACAGUUUCAGAGCCGGGCAAACACAAACUGUGCUGUCUUUACAGCCGUAGUAUAUAGGACUCAAGUGGUUGCUGGGACAAUGUACUUUAUUAAGGUCCAAGUUUCUGAUGAUGAAUAUGUCCACUUAAAGGUGUUUCUGAGUCUUCCUCAUGAGAACCAAGGUCCCAGCCUUGUCGAUUUUGAGACUGGCAAAACCAAAGAUGACCCUCUGACCUACUUCUAAAACAUGAUGAGGUGCAGUGCCUCACCUCUGCAAAUCCCAUGGGGGUUCUGCCUGUGACAGUAAAUAAAAUAAGUUUGGAAAGCUAUGGUCCUUUUGCUGCUCAUAUACCUGCAGAGGUCUUUCUUGUUAUCUUUCAUGUCUGUCACAAGACUAAAGUAUUUCUAAUAGAGACAUAGAAUAAACAUAAGAUUAUCUGGAAUAUAAAACACACUUAAGGAAAAAGGGCUGAGAAAGAUAAUAAUCAAUAGUGAAAACCAGUGAAUAGAACAGUACGCACCAGUCAAAGAUGCCAUCUCCAGUCAAAAGAAAUGUUUAUUGUUAUAAAUGCAGAAAUGCUUGUCCAGCUGAAGUUCCUUUCCAGGACUUUUCCACGGGACUGAGAACAUAAGCAAGCUGGUUUGGUAUUUUAAACUCACACACCCUCUACAGGACAUUACAUGCUACUGCUGCAAGAAGAUGAGCAUGAUUACCAAGGGAAUGUUUGGUUCAAACUACUGUAAGCCUCUUUCUCUUCCUUGCAAAAUUGCUUCAGCUCGAGUCUCUCAUCAGGUCUUUGCCCAUAAAAUACAAAGUGCCAUUUACAUCUACACAUAUAUUCACAAUUGCAAAACAGCACAGAAAAGACUGAGGCUUUCUUCUUGUUCCUUGCUGCAAAUAUAUGAGUGCUGGUGUCAUUCCCCUUCUGCUUUCCAGACCACGGAAGUCCACAAACAGGACUCAGCCACAGUAUUCUGGUUAAGUUGCACUAAAGCCUAAGUUAAGUUGCAAUAAAAGUAGGGUUUACAUUAGUGCAGGUAAUAGGAGAGCCCUGUGACUCUCAGAUUUGGAUAUUGCACAGGAAGGGAAUGGCAUAAAAGAAAUGGA